AUGGAAGUCUAUAUUUCCAAUGGACCCCCGGAUAUCCCCAAAAGCGCUGUCCUGAAGAUGUUUGAUCGACGUUUCUCCACGAGGGAGGGCCGUCAUGCAUUCAUAGGCGAGGGCAAAUGGUCGCCUGAAUUCGAACAGGAGUUCAUCAGCUAUAUCCGAAGGCGUAAGGCUGAUGAAUUCGCCAAAGAAUGGCUAUCGGGAGAUUUCAGCUCGGACACGAAACCGAACAAACUUCAACUGGAAGUUGUACGCCACCUGGAGCAUGUGAGGGCUUCCCAAAUCCAGGAGAAGUGCCACCGCAACCCGGCAUUCCUGGACUGCGCUACUUUCCCUGAGCUCUUCACGCCGGUGGUCAUCAAUUUUGAUGCUUACAAGCACCCAUUCCUCCGAGCUUAUGGUGUUCUAAUGCGCUACCAAGAGGGCUUCAGCGCCCAAACCACCAGCCCCCUGGAUCGAGAGUAUUAUGAACAAAUGGUUACAUUCAAGUCCAUGUUCGAAUCCGAAGUGGAAUAG